UUUGACAGCUGCCGCUUUGCUCGUUACAGAUUGUUUCGAAACAAAAAAAAAAAAAAAAAAAAAAAAAAAAAGAAUCCAUAUGCAGAAUUUAUUUGUUCCAGAUUUGGGAUAGUUCGGACAGUCUCUCCGCCUGUAUGGCCGCUGCCGUGAGGAAUAAUGUUUGGGUCGCUCCGGGGCAGGACGCGCAGUUUCUCCAUAAAACCGCCGCCGCACCACUGACAGCCGACGGUCUGAGAGGUGAAGAUCAUGGACAAGUGCUCUGCAACACGAGGGAUGCCGUCCCGGGAACUUCCUCCUUUCAUGAUUAUAAUUUGGGUAAAUCAGACAUGGACAGCUACUUGUGCCCGCAUCCACAGGAGGUAAAUUCCAAAAUGUUGUGCAGGGACACCUCUCUAACGCUAGAGCCGCCUUUCACCGAGGACUUCACCUCCCCGUACAGCGUAAACAUGAGCCUGCUCCUCCCUGACGUCACGUACCUGCACCCCGGCCUCUGCAGGACUGUGAGGCAGAUCAAAACCGAGCCAUCGCACUCCCUGAUGCAUCCCACCUGCCAGGGCAACGGGGUACCACCAGCUCUCCCAGAGUACCCCGGUGUUUUCGGUGCGGCCGACAGCGCCGGUGGCAACUUUUUCAUCAAACAAGAAGUGCCAGAUUUCCAGGACGUUCCCCUGUUUCAGCUCCUGAACUCUGAUUUGGAGCAGUUCGUUCAUGGGUCACAGGUGAACUCCAUCCCCAUAGCCCCGCUGAGUCUUCCCAUCGGGAACGUCCAUGUGCAGAAUUCUGCCAAACCCGCAAGCGGCCUGCAAAGCGAAUGUUUCCCAUUCAACCGACACUUAGGCCAUUCGCUGAGAUCUGCCUAUUUGCCGCCUUCUCCGCCAAACUCUGAGCCUCCGAGUCCCGAAAGGGGCAAAGAGCUUCUUCACAAACUCUCCCCGCCUCCCUCCUACGAAGCCAGCAUCGCCUCUAAGUUCAACACCCACAAUUCCAUUGAUCUCGGACAAACUUCCAGCGUAGCUCCAAUCCAAAACCAAGACCAAAACUCCACUGUUGGAUUCGUCCAAAGUCCGGGCCCUGGGCCUGUCCAGCGUUCGAGCCUGACGCCGGUUCAGACGACGCCAGGUAUCGGCCCGCUGUCCCCAGUGUUGGCCCAGUCGGCUCCCCAUAAGUACAAUCGAAGGAAUAAUCCGGAUCUGGAGAGACGGAGGAUUCACCACUGUGAUGUCCCAGGGUGCAAGAAGGUGUACACGAAGUCUUCUCAUUUAAAAGCCCAUCUACGGACCCACACAGGUGAGAAGCCGUACCAGUGCUCUUGGGAGGGAUGUGAGUGGCGCUUCGCUCGAUCUGAUGAGCUGACACGCCAUUUCAGGAAACACACCGGCGCGAAGCCUUUCCAGUGCGGAGUGUGCAGCCGCUGUUUCUCCCGCUCCGACCACCUGGCCCUCCACAUGAAGAGGCACCAGAGCUAAAGGAAGAAAAAAAAAAAACCUCUUCUUAAAAAAAACACCAUCAGAUUUUUUUAUUUUCCACUAAACAUGGACUGACACUUGCAUAUCAGCAAAUAAACAAAAUUUCAAAACAGUGGGUUAUUCCACUCACUCCCAAGUGGAGGAUAUCCGUAGCAGUGCUGGCCCACAAGUAAUUGUUUCUUUUAUUGUGAAAAGAUUAAAUGUUAUUGUUGCCUUAUUUUAUUUCCUCACAAAUGCCUCAACUCUUGGGGGAAGGGGGGAUAUUUGCAAAAGUGUCAGUCAAAAGCCAGUAGCCAAAUGUAAUAAUGAAAGAAUAUUUGAUCUUUGUAGGUUUUUAUUUUCAUUACGAACCACUUCAAAUAUCAAUUUUAUAUUUAAGUUUUUCAUUGUACAAAUCCUAUCGACACCAUCUCACGCACUCAUUUAUUUAAUGUACUUAAACGGCAAACUGCUAAGUGCGGAUAUCGUAUGUAAGUAUGCUAUUAACUGGAAGGAAGAGUAUGUUGUUUUAGCCAGCAGGUCAGAGGAUGGAUAGUUUUAAGUGUGUAUUAUAGAAAGUAACAGCAGUUAGUUAAAGCGAACAAGUUUGACACAGCAGGAGGAAUGAAAACUGGAGUGAGCGCUGUUUGGAGCCAUGUGGUGAGUUAGAUAACCUUACUCAGAAUAAAAAUCUAUAUUUACUCAAUUCACUGGUAUAAAUGGAAGACGAUGGGUAUAAGAUGUGUUUAUUUGGACCGCAUUCUGACUGUUGUGAUAUGUGCGCUCCGACAUCGUAGCAAAGACUCGGUCCCUACAGAGAGUGUCUUUCAGGCAGGUGCAGGAGAUAAAUCCUAUUGGAGCAUUUUUAUGUCAAGACUUUUCGAGAUUUAAUUUAAUAACUGGAAGGUUUAACUUGUUGUUUUGUCCCAUGUCAUCUUCAGCCACACAGCAAUAUUCACAGCAAACAUAAUUUGCAACUUUGAGAACGUGUUUUCUUUCUCCUCUUCUUUGUCAUCAUGGACAAGUCAAGACUCUUGGCUUGGUUUUGGCUGCAAAUGGAGAUUUUUUAUUAUUUCAUUUAAGUUUUUUUUUUUUUUUUUUUUUGACUGAGCACCUGCCAGUCUGAACUACUCUCCACAUGUGCCUUUAACUGCUUUUUUGGAUGAAUGAAAAACAAAGCUGCCCCGUUGGGACAAUGUUCUCUUAUCAGGUACUGUGCUCUGUUGGCUCUCUCUCCUUAUUUCCACAAUAUAGCCAUCUCUAUUACAUGACCAAAUUUCUUUAUAAUUUGAAUAUGAUUGAACAAAAUAGUUUUUAAAUAAUUUAAGAUGUAUAUAUUUUGUAUCUGAUGUUUGAGGAUACAAUCAAUUGAUUGUUUUGGAAUGUGUAGAGAUUUUAAAUCGUUAUUUUAUUUUCUUAAAUUCAGAUUAUUAUUUUUUUUUUUUUUUUGACAGAGUCCAAGAAGGAUGAAGUUACAGGAUACUGUUACAGUCUAAACUGUUACUGUCAAAACUUUAUCCAGCCAAGAAAGCAGCUCAGUGGAUUUAAUAUGCCAGUGAGUUACUGCAAUACUGCUAAAAUAUGAGUAUUACAAGGUUUUGUGUCAAAGCUUCACAUAAACAUGUAGCCUAAAGUGAUGUCCAAUGGAGCCAUGUGACCCUCACAGUGCAAAUAAAGGUUUUGUGUUGAAAUUU